AUGUCAAGCAUCUCAAAGGUUCUUUGUCUCCCUGGGUACUUGCAAAGCGGGAGCACCCUUGCAAGGAAAUCAUCUGGAUUGCGCAAGAUCCUUUCAAAAAAGCUAAACAUCCAAGUUGAUUACCUUACACCUUGUCAUGAAAUUAAGUCAAGACACGAAUUAAGUUUCCCACUAGGCCCAACGGAUGAAGAGAGUGACAAGGUUUGGACUCAAAUUGUUGAAAAUGGAAGUAAUGCUAGAUGGUUUGACGCACAAAGUGCAAACAAUUACGUCGGAUUAGACGAUGCAAUAAAGUUUAUAAUCGACCAUAUUGAUAAAAAUGGACCAUACGACGGGAUUAUUGGGUUCUCGCAAGGCGCAGCAAUGGCAGCUAUGAUCACCAAUUGCUUACAAAAGUUUCUACCUACACACCCGCCACUAAAAAUAAGCUUAAUUGUGUCGGGAUUUUGUUUGACUGUGCCCAGGAAUGACGAUCACAGUGCCGAAAAUAAGCAGCGGAUUUUGGAAAUUACUGAUCUCGAUCAAUAUGCUAACGAAGUAAAAAUUUCAGAGAAAGCGGCCAAAUAUUUAUGUGACGCAAAGGGAGAGAGUAUGGGAAAGCAUUUACCUACAGAAGUCAUUCUUCUUUAUGGACUCAAUGAUAGCAUUGUUCCUCCAAUAAGGUCCGAAUAUGUCAGUACCUUAUACAAUGCUAAACAAGUACACAAUUUUGCUCAUGAUGGUGGCCACUUUUUCCCAAAUGAUAAGAAAAUAGUUCAGCCGAUCGCAGAGCUCUUUGAUAGAAAGGUCAAUGGUAAGUUAUAG